AUGGCUCCCACACAGGUGAAUUCCUACGGCACUUCAGACAUUGAGAACAAGGUCUUGAGAAGAAUCGAGAUCUCUAAAGUUGCUAGAAAUCUGCAAGACUGCCUCGCCUUUGCAAGCUUCAAAGCUCAGAAUGGCUGGCAGGACAGAACCCUUCGCUCGAUCGAACCAGAAGUUGCAGAGCAGCUGAAAAGGAAGCGGCCUCAUAGUGAGGACAUGCUCUCAGACGACUCGGACGACUUACCUCCCCUCGGUGGGCUCAGACGAGCAAACACCACAAAUUUCAGGGCUCCCAACCAGCCAUACACUUCUUCCAGAAAGAGAGUCCGUUCUGCUUCUGCCACGGCUGCAGACAAGACUGUGCAUUUCUCUGGCAAUUGGAGGCAAGAGAAUGGCAUGGCCCAUACCUCCCCUGCACACAAUCAUACCCACUCUGCACCUUUCGAGUCGACUUUGCAUGAGAUGGAAGACUCUCCCAUGUUCGAUGUUCACAGCGACGAUGAAGGUGCUGAGUUGGGUCAUGAGCCGUCCAGCAGCAUCAUAUCGACGUCGCCACCACGGACUCCCCCGCCAACGAGACGUCGCCUUCAAAACACGAAGCAAGCUGGAGCUGAUCUCCUCCUCUACUUGGCCAACUCGCCCUCGCGAUCUCCUGCCAUCAACGUCACUCACAUUUCCAGCUCAUCCAAACCGCCCUCGACACCGCCCCAGCACAAUCAUCUGCCAUCGUCGAUGAUGAACACUCCUGGCCAGAGCCUUGGUCUAUUCAAUGGGGCUCUGACGCCUGGACAGAACUUCAAUCUUGCAGACUACUGCAACGUCACACCUAGUCCAGCACAGGCACCAUGGGGUAGUCGUGCCCCUGCCUUGAGAACACCCGGACGGUUCGGACGACCUACGGGUAUGGACACUCUACGAAAACCUCCGACAAGUCAAGGCCUUGCACUACAGCUAGGCGAGGAGCUGCCUCGAUGA